AUGACCGAGAACAAAGAAAACAAAACAUCGCCUGUGAGACGUCGCGUUCGAACUGCGAUAAAGCGCCCUCUACCGUUGUCUGCACAAAAGAAUCAGGAGAGUGCUGGAAGAAAACGUAGAGCGGUUGCGGCUACACCAAAAAAUAUUGGACAGGCGUUAAAUGGCGGUGCCAUCGUGCAACUUGAUGUUGAGGGUUCGGACACAGUCGAAGGUCAAAAUACUCAAUCAAAGAUAACAGAAGCUGCCCCUAAAGAAACGCCGUCUAAAAUGCUACGAAAAUUAUCCAGAGCUCUGGUUCAGGGUAAACAGACGUCAAGAAAAUGUAAUAGCACUCCUCGAAAGCCGAGAACGCGUCAAACGCCCAAUACUGCACGUUUCACCCCAAGCUCUACUCGAAGAUCAUCAAGAAGGCAAAAUAACAAAAAUAGCGGAACCAAAAUAAAAAAAAAAAUAACACCACAAGAUUUACUAAGGGAGUUGUCGCGAGCGCCGGGAUUCGUGCAGAAACCAGUUGAACAUGAAAUCAAGGACGCAGAUGUUAUUCCUGACCAGAUUGAAUCGCAACCAGAAGAUAAAAUAUCUCGACAAGAAGAUGAUAUCACGGAAAACGAAUUGGACACUGAGGUGCAGCGUCGCAUGAUUCCAUAUGAUAGCGACGAUGAUUUUUCAAAGGUUUUUGGCGAUCAAAUAACCGAAACCAUUGAAUUCACCGGUGAAGUUAUUGAUGAUUUUGAUGAGGUCAUACCGAUUCGAUCGUCAGAAAAAAAAUGUGUUGUUGAUGAGCAUGAUUCUCCUGUGGCUGUCGACGAACUUUCAUCACGGGUUGAUGCAGAACUUGAUUUUUGGAUGGGAAGAAAUUCCGACAAAGCAUUAAAUGCUCCCUUGGAAGAUGCAGCAUCUACAAAGAGUUUAGGACCAUUUAAUAAACUACUCAGCGAACUAAUGAAAGAAUCAUUGGAAGAAUCACAGAGUUCGCCGUCAAAUAAAAUAGUUAAGUUAGAUAAUGAACUUUUUAUUCGCGAUCCAAUACAAGAUAGGCCGGGAGAAGAUGAGACCAAAAAUGUGAGGAGAACUCUAGUGAUAAAGGAUCCCGGACAGAGUGACAUCAUAAUAAACGAUGACCGUGAUAGUCCUCUCGUAGAAUAUCAGGAGUAUGAAGAAGAUGACGUUCAAAUGGAGUACGAUGGGGACGAGUUAGAAUGUCAAUUGGAGUCCGACAGUGAAAAAGAAAAUGGACAAACAAACUUGGAUGGUGAUGAGUUAGAGGGUCAAUUGGAGUCUGACAGUGAAAAAGAAAAUGGACAAGAUGACGUUCAAACGAAUUUGGAUGGGGAUGAGUUAGAAUACCAAUUGGGAUCUGACAGUGAAAAAGAAAAUGAGAAAGAUAAAAUUGUUGAAGUGGUGCAUCAGUCGGAUUCUGAUAGCGAUACUGAUUCAGAACAAAAAAAUGAUAAUGAUGGUAAUCAGCGAGAAUGUGAUGAUGAUGAAAUUGAGAUGGAUUGUCAACCCGAAUCAAGUGAAGAAAACAAUGGAAUGCAAUAUCAAUGUUUAUUGGAUAAUGAAUUCGGAAAUAUGCUAGUGCCGAGAUUAUUCACUGGUGCAGAAGUAAAAGACAUACAGGGAAAGAGUAAAAAAAGGAGAUCGAGAGUUCCUAAAUCCAAAGGGCAACCACAUCUACCAUAUAAUUUAGUCAAAAAAAUAUUCAGCAAUUUUUCAAUGAAUAAAGUCUCGAGUGAUGCUAUGCAGACCAUCUUUGAAGGAACACAUUUGUUUCUCGAACAAGUUGCCGACGAUUUAGCAACAUACGCAACGCACGGUAAAAGAGAAGUGAUUAAGGAAAAGGACGUAAUUCUUCUAAUGAAGAGGCAAAAGUUAAUAACUAAUAAGGUAAGUUUCGAAUCAUUGGCGGAGCGAUAUUUGCCACGCGAGUUGUCCGAGGAAAUUUGCCAGGUGGCUAAAGCCGGAAAUUCCUUGUUUCCACCGGACAAAUCACAGAAAAAGUCGAGAAGGAAGAGGUGA